AAAUUAUCAAGCAAGUUUCAGGAACAUGACAGUCAAUCAUAUUUUCUUUUGGGCCUCCGCUGCCAAGUACACCUCACUGAGGUCAUUUUAUGGUACCAUCCUGCAACCGAUCGGGUACACUGAAAUGAUUCGUGUACACAACGAUGCUCUCAUCGGCUAUGGCAGUGACUAUCCUUAUUUCUGGCUCAAAAGGCUGCCUGAAGACAAAGAUCCUUUGCCAACUCACAUCGCAUUCGAUGCCCCAAGCCGCGAAGCUGUGGAUCAAUUCUACCAGCUGGCGCUGCAACAUGGCGGUCGAGACAAUGGAGGCCCAGGGAUCAGGAAAGAAAUGAGUCGACAACCGUACUACUCAGCUUUUGUAAUUGAUUUGGACGGGAACAACGUGGAGGCUGUGUAUGUUCCAAAGUAAAUGCAUGUUGUAGUAGGGGACAUAGUCCUCACUACGUAUUAGCCUUGCCUGCCCUUCCUUCCAUUCCAAGGUUUUGCAGUUUUGUUAUGUAAGCACUGAUGUACAGAGGUUAUAAGUAGCAGAUAGUUACAGAUUGAC